UACGGGGCUGGGUGUAUAAAGGUGUGUACACUUCCCGUAUGCACAAGAAUUUCCCUUUUAUUUUGUUUCAGUAGGCAUUGAAGUCGAAAUCAGCCCUUUAAGCGCUAAAAAUGCCCGUGUUCCACACCAAAACCAUCGAGUCAAUAUUGGAACCUGUCGCUCAACAGGUCUCCACUCUAAUCAUUCUUCAUGAAGAAGCUGAAGAUGGUAAAGCAAUGCCUGACCUGGCUCUGCCAGUUAAAACAGUGGGAGCUGCUGUUGAAAAUCUUGUCAAGGUUGGCAGAGAAACUGCAUCUUCCAGUAAAGAUCAAAUCCUCAAACAAGAAAUGCCUCUUGCUUUCAAAAGAGUUGAGGAAUCCUCUGUUUUCCUUGUGGAUGCCUCCAAGAUUCUGAGAAGAGAUCCAUUUUCACCAGAGGCUCGUAAAAAGUUAAUUGAUGGUGCCAGAGGAAUUCUCUCGGGCACAUCUGCAUUGCUUCUGACAUUUGAUGAAGCUGAAGUGCGCAAGAUUCUGAAGGUUUGCAGGGGAGUACUAGAAUAUCUUGCUGUAUCUGAGGUUGUGGAGAGUAUGGAAGAACUCGUAACAUUUGUCAAAAACCUGACACCUGGAAUCACAGAAAUGGCAAAAAAGGUCGAAGGUCGCAUUGAGGAGUUGACUCACCAAGUUCAUGCUGACAUGCUGAGGAAGUCACUGAAUACUGUGAAAGCCAUGUCUACCCAAUUGAUCACUGCAAUCAAGACUUUUGUGUUGACUGUACAAAGAGGAGGUCAGAACAUUCCUGAAGCCCAGGAAUACAGAAAUUAUGUUGUUGGCAAAAUGUCUUUUGAGAUUAGUGAGAUAAUAAGGGUGCUGCAAUACACAACGUAUGAAGAGGAAGGUGGAGAUGAUCCCCUUAAUGACAUGAAGAAGGCUAUGUCUCUCUUUGACAGCAACAUGGGCCCAGCCCUGAAGUGGGUGCAGACACCAACUGAGUCCUCAGGAGGGUUAGGUGAGAAGGCUGUCAAAGAAUGUAUCGCACAGGGUCGUAAAUUUGCGGAUGCCAGUCAGGGUCCUGACAAAGGCAGAAUAAGGAAAGUCUGUGAUGAUCUGGAUCGGUUAAUGGGAGAUUUGGCAGAGAUGAGAAGGCUAGGAAAAGGAACAGCACCAGAAGGCUUGAAACUUAACGGAGAAGUUGCCCAGAAGUUAGAGGGUUUAAAUCAAGAAAUGCAGAAUGCCAUGUUAGGCCAAGAAUCAUCUGGUGUGCGCAGACCAGCCACCACUUUUGUUGGCAAAAUGGAUCAGGUUCACCAGUGGGUGAACAACCCUUCAUCAGAUCCUGCGGGAUUAGGUGAACGAGCCAUUCGUGAGUGCAUUGAGCAGGGUCGCGCUACGGCAGACAAGUGUUCUGGUCCAGAAAGAAGUGCAAUUCUUAAGCUUUGUGAUGAGCUAGAUCAACUUACAAAUGAUCUUGCCAGUCUGAAGAGAAAGGGCAUGGGAAAUUCACCUCAAGCAGUUGCUACUGCUCAAAAGAUUGAGAGAAAGCUGGAGGAAUUAAACAAUAAAUUACAAAAUGCAAUCACAGCACAAGUUGCUGAGGAUUUCAUGGACACUACAACAACUUUGAAGCUGUUAGAGAAAGCAGCAAGAGCUCCGCCAGAUGCACCAGGGCGCGAGGCUGAGUUUGAGGAAAAGGCAGGUGCCUUUGAACAUCAAGCAAAUCAUAUCGCUAACACAGCCAUUGAACUGGCAAAUGCUGGUGGGAAUACCAACAGGAGAUUAUUAGACCAGAUACGGCAAAAUGCAGAAGAAUUAAAAGAAUGGACCCCCCAAGUUUCUCAUGUGGCCAAGAUCCUGUUGGAUUAUGGGAAAUAUUCACCUGGAGAUGUGCCUGCUGUGUCAGUCCACUUUGAAAAUGUGCGGGACAUCUGGAAAGAGAAGAUGCAGACCCUCACUAAUCUGGUUGACAGUGCAACGGACACUGCCAAAUUUAUUGAAGCCUGUGAACAAGCCAUCAACCGAGAUGCUGAUGCGUGCGAUGUGGCAAUGACUCAAGGGAAUCCUCAGGUGGUGAUCUCAAAGAGCUCCAACAUCGCCCGGCGAACCAAGCGGGUUGUGGAUGUUGCAGAGGCUGAGAUGGAAAAUUCAUUAGACCCUGAUUAUGUUGCAAAAAUGGCCGCGGCAAAGGAUGAUCUAGGACAGUGUAUCACGCCGCUUGUUAUCGACGCUAAAGCUGUUGCGACAAAUCCAUUAGACAAGAAGGCGCAGGGAAAGUUGAGGGAUUCUACAAGAAAGCUUCAAGAUGCUGUGCAUGGAGUGCGAGUGAUCGUAACCGGACCUUCCCAGCCACAGGAGGAGGAAGAAGACUUCCCGCCCCCUCCCCCGGACAUAUCAGGACUGACUAUUGCUGUAACUCAAGCACCGGUGCAAGAAGUGCCUCCUCCACGCCCACCCCUCCCUCAAGAAACAGCCCCACCGCCACCACGCCCACCCCUCCCGUCAGAUGAAAUGAAGGAGGUUCAGAGUGUGUUGGAACAACCACCGGAAGACAACAGAAUGGCGAUGGCGGCUCAUCAUCUUCAUCGAGAGGCUCUGAAAUGGGAAGAAGAGGGAAAUGAACUCAUCCAAGCUGCUAAAAGAAUGGCUGUACUCUUUGCUAAGAUGUCCCAAUUUAUGAGACAUUGAAGCAAACCAUAGAGAGAAUCCCUACUAUUAGUACACAGCUUAAGAUUGUCGCCACUGUUAAAGCUACGAUGAUCGGAGCUGACGAUCCCAAGGCGGACUGGGAAGCCACAGAAACUUUAGUCGGUUGUGCAGAGAACUUGAUGGGAGCUGUGCGACAGGCCGUACGUGAAACUGAGGCUGCCUCAGUUAAGAUGCGCUCAGUCGCGAACAACUGGAAAAAACGAUAGGUUCUAUGACAGAUCGGAAACUUUAAUGGUGAUACGCUGACCAUGAGCCUAGUCCUGUUCGGUGGAGUGUAUUCAGGGCGGGAAAGAGAUGGGUCAGCGGUAAAAAAUUAUUUUGAAGAAAUAUGAAAGCGUUCCCACAGCUUUGAAAACUCAAAAAAGCGAGUUUAACGUUUUUUUCUGCGGGUAGAAAGAAAUGGGUAGAAAACGUUGUUUUUUUUACGUAAAAAAGAACUCAAUGUCAUGUAUUUUGAAGGAAAUAGUGCAGAUCACCCAGAUUGAAUUGCACUGUUUCCUAAAAGUUGGAGAGUAAAAUUAAUGACAAUUUAACUUGGCCUUUAUUUUUGCGUCAAGCGUCUUACUUGCCUUUCGCACUAUCUGCCAAAUUCUUUGGCGUAAGGUAUCCCAGAACGAAGAAAAUAGGUGUAGUUUUUUAUUCAAAUUUCUUUCACAAUUAUUCAUUAUAAUAGCUUGUUAUCGCGUGAUUCUGAGUGUGUGGAGCGAAAACUGAUCUUACUUCUGAGAAUGUCGCCCACACAGACCGUUUUAUGUAAUAAUUGUAGGGUAAGCGUAGUUGUUCGUUUUCGUAGCAUAUCAUGUUCGAUUUAGAAUGAAGAUGAAUUGAAUUACACUAAGGUAGUUACAACUAAUAAGUAAUAUAUUUUUUAUAUUAGAUCAAUAUUUAAACAUUUUGAUCUUCAGAGAGAUAUUGCACAAACUAUUUACUCUUGUUUCGCUUCGUUUCGUCGAUUAAUUUCAUUAUUGCUGAGGUAUCUACAUCGACGAAGUAAUCGCCCUGCUUACAAAAUUUUCGAUUAGUCACCUCGUGUCUGUCGUUAUUAUUUUUGUCAACUGAACUGUAACAUUGUCCUAUGUUCGGUUCGGUUGUAUUGAAAAUUGACUUCCCUCUAGCUACCGGAUAGCUUAGGGGAGGGGUAGGUUAGGACUUUUUUGGGGUAGACUAUAGUCCUUCUUGGGGAAAGAAGUUGUCCACAGCUAAAAUUUAUAGUUUAAGAAAUGCGUGAAAAGUAGAAGUUCAGAUGUGUAAAGGCACUAUUAUGAUAAAGUCAUUUGAAUAAUGCUGAAUCCGUAGAGUUUCUAAGCCUCUUUCAUUCCUUGAAAUUAUUCCACGAGUACGACAUUACUUAACAUUUGUAAAAAAAAAAA